AUGAUUAGAAAUUUACUUGGAAGGCGGCUAUUUUCCACUAGCAGAGCUUGCUUCGACACACAGAAAUCAAGCUGCGUUGCGGGCACACCACUGCCUGGAUUACAGAUACUCAAGGAUGACGUCGAAAAGGUCGCCAAGGAAGACGAAGCGUAUCCUGAUUGGCUGUGGACUGUACUUGAACCUAAAGAUGCCACUGCCCCAGGCGAUCAGACCUUCAAUCCCGCGGAAGAACGCAAAAAGAUCAAUAAACAGCAUAAAAUAGACAUAAAAGCAAAGAAUUUCUUAAAAUCUACAUAG